AUGGCGCCGGCGCGGCGCCCGGCGCAGCCGCGGGCGCGACGCGCCGCCGCACGCUCGGCUGCCCGCCGGGCCUUGGCUGCGCAGAGCAGCGCGCCAGAGCUGACCAGGCCUUUCCGUCUCUGGGCCGCCAGCCUACGACCUCGGACCCAGCGGCUGGACUUGGAGAGCUGGAGGAGCCUCGCGGACUGGUCGAAGGAACGCCGUUUGCCCCCCCAGUCGGAGAAGCAGAUCGAGGAUGCGAUCGUGGAUUUCGUCGACUUCAUGACCCCAGUGCUGCGGACCCUGCGGCAGAGGGCCCGCCACGCAGACAACCCCAGUGGCGGAAUCAGCACAGGCGAGGCGGGUUGGCACUGGGACUUCAGGAUCUCGGGCCGCCCACGCUGCACGGGCUGCGACACGCCAGAGCGAGCCUCGACAUCAGCCUCGGACGCAGGAGCCCGCUGGGCGCGCAACGCCGCGGCGGAUUGGCCCAGCCCAGCUCGAUGCCGGGCAAUCAGGAAGCAGGUCGGCUGA